AUGAAUAGCCGUACAGUAAAAUUAAAUGAAUUUAUAUUUACAGAUAUAAUUUUUUAUUUAACAUAUAGGGCUUAUGAAGAAUCAUUUAAAAGAAUAUUAGAAAUCAGUUUAAUUUCAAAAAACACAUUUAAAAUUAUACAACAAAUAAUAGUAAAUCAAAGAGAUAAUUUAAAAAGACCAAUAUGUUUUAAUUAUAAAAUAUUAUCAAAGCUUAUUUUAGAUCAAGGUGAUAGCAAGUUUAAAUUACUUCAAAUUCAAAAGAUUAGGGUGUUAUAUUUAAUAGAUUUGGUUUAUAAUAGAUUAGAACGUCUACCACUAUCUUUAGAUAAAUAUUGUGCAUCUUUGGAAAAGCGACACACCCAGUUCAGAUCAAGAAGAAAAUGA